AUGGCUGCGGCUGCGACAUCGGCGACGGCACCGGCCAUGAACACGAAUGAGGAGGAAGACAAUAGCGGGGAGAUGAUGGCGGUGACGUUGACGCUCGGCCCACGCGGAAGUGACACCCACAGAGCCAUGUUCCCCGCCUCGGCCACCGCCAACGAAGUGCUGGCUACGCUCGACGCCGUGGCCGAGCUGGACAUCGAUCCACAACGAGUGGCCCUGCUGAUUCCGGGCGCGGCAGAGCGGGAAGCAGAAACAGCGGAGCUCUCUGCGGAGGAGAUGAGCAUGCAGAAGCCGCGGCUGCUUGGCUCACGAUCCGCGCCACGGUGGUUGGCCGGCGAGGCCAGGCUCGGCUCAGCACGGCUCGGGCACGAGCCGCGGCUCUCCCUGAGGCGGCGAACGCGGCGGGUGCGAAUCCUGGUCACAUCCUUCUCCAAGGUGCUGCGGUAUGAUGUGUGCGCACCGGUCGGCGAGUUGCUCGCAGCGUUUGCGAGCCGGAUCGCACUUGCGAACCCGGAGGAGUUUGGCCUGACCAUGGUCGGUCUCGGACCGCACAAGUGGCUCGAUCUAACGCUCCCGCUCCACUGCCAGGUCUGGUCGCCGGAAGUUUCCGAGUCAGAUGAUGCGCUCAUCCAGCUCAAGUUUCGCCGGCGACUCUACGCCUCACAUCUGGACCUGUCGGCGUGCGUCCUUCCGGUGGUGAGUUUGGAGAUCGCCGACGAUGUGCGGGCCGGGCGCUACCUUGUUGACACCGCCAAAGCUGUGGAGCUCACCGCGUUGCAUCUCGCAGUUUACGCACCGCGCGAGUUGACAGCACUACCGAGCCCGCUCGACGAGUACCUCCCUGCGCAAGUCGUGGAGGCGGUGCGCAGCGAUGAACUCCAUGCGCGGAUCCUGGCAAGGCACGCCGAGCUGCGGCAAGAGGAAGGAAGAGCGUUGGCCGAGGCGUAUGUCCAAGCUGCAGCUGCUCUUCCGCUGUUUGGCGCAACAAGGAUCGAGUGCGGCGAGAACGGUGUGACGCUCUCCAUCGGGCGCGAGCACGGCUUAGUGGUCCUCGACGGCAUGUACGGAACGUCGCCGCCACCGCUGGCGACACUCGACAUAGCAGAGUGGAAAGCCGGCGAGCGCGGCAGGCCCACACAGUCGGCCAUCAUUGACAUUGUGGCGCUCGAGGCGAUUGUCGGGUGGCGGCACACAAGUCGGACGGUGACGUUGGUGCUCGGGAGCGAGCCCGAGCGCGAGGUGACGUUUGGCACGGCCCGCGCUGACGAGGUAGUCCAUCAGCUCGAGCGCCUUACCGAGCUGUUGUCGGCCGAGACUGGUCAGCGUGCGUGGGAGCAAGCAGAGUGGACCGAUGGCAUGCAUGUCUCGCCGAUGUUUGCGAGUGGCGAGCACGAGUUUCAGCCCGAGCUGUUCGAGGUGGAUCUCCUGCGACCGCGCGGCGGCGGAGCAGUGAUCGACGGCAGCUGGGCGCCCGGCGCGCCUACAGCUCUUGAGCUUACGCUUGUACUCCAUGCACUCAUUGGCGGAGCGGCUGCGCUGAGUGCUGCAGGCGACGGUGAGUCGGUACACCGGCGGAUGUGGCUGGCGUGGGCCGCCGCCGCCGGCGCAGUCCGACUUCUCGCCGCCGUCUCACCGCACGAGUUUGGCCUCUUUCUGGCGCUCCCACCGAUCCGGCUCUUCUGCCUCGACGGAUGCUCGCACUUGCUGGAGCAGUCUCAGUAG